UUUUGAGUUGUCGGAUAGUAAUCGAGAAAAAACGCAAAGAUGCCGCAGCGAUCGCCGUUCGCGAUCCAGGAGCUGCUGGGGCUGAACGGUACCGGAAACGGAAGCGGUACCGAUCGCGGCUCACCCCAAGGAUCACCGCCGGCCGGCGUCUCGGCCGUUUCCUACGCGCCUACGGCGCCUCAUCACAAGCUAUGGGACUACAUGCCUAGCCUGACGAAUCAUCUGGGCAAUCUGGGGAAUCUUGGGAAUCUGGGCAACCUCACGGCCUCGCGGAUGGCCUAUCUGAAUGCGCAGGCGGCCGUCGCGGCUGCCUUCCUGCCGCCGCCCCACCCCCACCCUGCGCACCACGUACCGCAUCAUCAGGUACAUCAACCGGGACAACUUCCGGCCUCACCGGCCGGUGUCAACGUGCAUCCGGGUGCACACGCGCAGCACGUACUUCCGGGUACCGCAGUCACCGCGAACCAUCAUCAGCACAGUCCGACUCAGCACACGCCACCCCAUGGUUUCUCUCAAUCCAAGAGUUCGUUCUCGAACGCCAGUCCAGGUGUCGGGCACAAUAUAGAAUCAGGGAAGGACUUCACGGUCGACGGUCUCUCCGGUUUCAGCAAAAAGAAGAAGAAGAAGCGUCGUCAUAGCUCCAGGACGAUCUUCACGUCACAGCAGCUGGAGGAGCUGGAGGCAGCCUUCAAGGAAGCCCAUUAUCCCGACGUGUAUGCUCGCGAGAUGCUCAGCCUUCGAACCGAUCUGCCCGAAGACAGGAUACAGGUCUGGUUCCAAAACCGGAGAGCAAAAUGGCGCAAAACGGAGAAGUGUUGGGGCAGAAGUACCAUAAUGGCGGAGUAUGGCCUAUACGGGGCGAUGGUGCGACACUCUCUACCGCUUCCAGAGACCAUACUGAAAAGUGCCAAGGAAAACGAGUCGGUGGCGCCAUGGUUGCUAGCUCAAUCAUCUAAGACGAGCAGCUUUAGUCAAGAUAUCGAAAAUAAUCAAGAACUGAUUGACUGUGGCCCCGCAGGGAUGCACCGGAAGUCAAUCGAAGCAGCGGAGCAUCUCAAGUCUGGCGGAGAGGACAGCGGAAACGAUCACAAUGGAAGCGGAAGCAGCCCUCAUCAUAAUCAUCAUCAAGGUGGACCGACCAGCUCCGAGAGUGGACAAGAAAGUCAGGAUGGGAUGGGGCCUUCGUCGUCGACAGGAAUCGUUCAGGACACGGAGCAGCUGAGAAACGAAAGCAUCGCCUGUUUGAGGGCGAAAGCGCAGCAGCAUCAGCUGCAGUUGAGUCUACAACCCACGGCUGUGCCUACCAGCACCUCGUACCCUGCAGGCCCGCAGUCGAGCACGCUUCACGCCUCUGUUUAAUCACCGUUUCGACCUUCCUUCCACGAAUCAUCGAAACUAUUAUAGAAGACGUUCAAUACCUUAGAGAACAGCCUCGUUCGAAGUUUAAGCGAGAAAUUUCGCGACCUGUCCUCGCGAUUAAGUUUCAGGGAAGUCGGAAGCUUUACGAACAGAU